AUGACUGAAGAAGUAACCAGUAACACAUUAGAAGAUCCAUCAGUUUGGGAGGACAGUGACCAGGUAGAAGAUGAGAUUUUGUUCAUGUCCAAUGAACAAAUAACAUCACGCACACGUCUGCUAGACAAUGAAAUAAAAGUCAUGAAAAGUGAUGUUAUGCGUAUAUCGCAUGAACUGCAAUCGCAAGCUGACAAGAUUAAAGAGAAUACAGAAAAGAUUAAAGUUAGCAAGACAUUGCCUUAUUUGGUAUCUAAUGUGAUAGAGUUAUUAGAUGUCGACCCACAAGAUACCGAAGAAGACGGUGCUGUAGUUGAUUUAGACAGCCAAAGAACAGGGAAAUGUGCAACUUACUUCUUACCUGUUAUUGGUCUAGUAGAUCCAGAACAAUUAAAACCAGGUGACCUGGUCGGUGUUAACAAAGAUUCGUAUCUAGUAUUAGAAACAUUACCAGCUGAAUAUGAUUCUCGCAUUAAAGCAAUGGAGGUUGAUGAAAGACCAACUGAACAAUACGUAGAUAUCGGUGACUUGGACAAACAAAUUCAAGAACUUAUUGAAGCUGUAGUGUUACCUAUGACACACAAAGAGAAAUACAUUAAUAUUGGUAUACAACCACCAAAAGGAGUUCUUUUGUACGGUCCACCUGGUACUGGGAAAACCCUUUUAGCUCGAGCAUGUGCCGCUCAAACAAAAUCAACAUUUUUAAAGCUUGCUGGUCCACAAUUGGUACAUAUGUUUAUUGGUGAUGGAGCAAAAUUAGUACGAGAUGCAUUUGCUUUAGCUAAAGAAAAAGCACCUGCAAUAAUAUUUAUUGAUGAACUGGAUGCAAUUGGUACAAAACGUUUUGACUCUGAAAAAGCUGGUGAUCGAGAAGUACAAAGAACUAUAGUAGAUAUUUUGGACCCAGCAUUGUUGAAGUCUGGCCGAUUAGAUAGAAAAAUUGAGUUCCCACACCCCAAUCAAGAAGCUCGUGCACGUAUUAUGCAGAUUCAUUCUAGAGAGAUGAACAAAUUUGAUGUUAACUUUGAAGAACUUUCAAGAUCUACUGACGAUUUUAAUGGGGCACAAUGCAAGGCUGUUUGUGUCGAAGCUGGUAUGAUUGCUUUGAGAAGAGGUGCGUCAACUGUUACUCAUGAAGAUUUUAUGGAUGCCAUAAUGGAAGUGCAAGCUAAAAAGGAAUCUAACAUAAAUUAUUAUGCUUAA